CCCUACUUAGAUAGUUUUUUUGAUUACUUUUUUUUCUUCUACAUUAAAAUAAUUUAGUUCUGCUUUUACUUCAGUAAACAUUUUUGCCUGCCCUUGCCAACUCUGACUAUAAUACAGCUGUUGUAUUUUCACGUCUGAAUUUGGAGAUGCUGCCAAUAUAACAAAGCCUUUUUAUUCACCCAUUGUGUUGGUUGUUUUUUAUUUGUUUUGAGUAGACGUGGUAAAAAAUGUCCCCCUUUGUUUUAAUAAACCACUACACAGCUUAAUCUGUGUAAGAAAAAUAUUUUUUGUGAAAUCUUCAAAGCGUUUUGUGUUUUGUCUUCUGUUUGUUUCAUUUAACCGACGAUAUCUCACUUACUUUUUAAAAUAUUUAUCAUUAUUAAUAUUUAUCAUUUAUAGCCUUUUAAAUAAGCUAUGGAUAAGUAACGAAGUUGUAAACCUUAUUGAAGUCAUAGGCAUCCACGCUGCAUUUCCUUUCAGAGACUUUUUAUGAAUAGUGGCUUAACAAGUUUGGUCACACCUUUGCAGACCUGAAUCGAAACUAAACGCAGCAGUCUCUUCAUGUCUGUUUUUUUGUUAUAACUAAGCCACAGAAGCGAGCAGGUAUCAGUUCGUCCCUCCUGCACUUGAAUCACGUCUAAAACUCGCCUCGUCAGGAAGAAUCUUCACCGUUUUUUAGUGGUUAUGUCACGUUUGAUUCACUGGGACCCGAUGGGUAAACCGAGAGUUACAAUCGCUGCUUUAACAGGUAAUCGGAUGAUUUAUAUUUUGUUUCUGGGUUUUCUUUCCUCACCCGGCUGUGCUGCUCCCGUUUCAGAAAACUUCAUGGUUUCAGUAAAGUCUCAUGUCACAGUCCAGCGAGGUCAUACAGCCAUCUUACCCUGCUGGCUCACCUUCUCUGAGAGUGCAGAAGAUAUGGAGAUACGCUGGUAUCAAGGGAGUGAUGAGUUUGAUCUUCCAGUCCUGCUUUAUCAGGAAAAAGCUUUCGACUAUUCAUUCCAGAAAGCUUUGUUCGCUGGCCGAGCCUCAUUCGGCUUAAAGGAAGAAACAUCAGGUGGAUUAAAGGCAGGUGAUGUCAGCCUGAAGCUGGAAAAAGCCACAAUUGAAGAUACAGGAAAAUAUACAUGCUUUGUCAGCAGCUCUGAUGAUUAUGACAGUGCAUCUAUUAGUCUGAGUGUGACAGAAACUGGACACCAACCUCUCCUGUCAGCAGUAAUGAGAGACGAUAACAAAGUUAACAUGAGCUGCCAAUCUGACGGGUGGCAUCCAGAGCCUGAGCUGAGCUGGUCAGACAGCAAAAAAGCUCUCACACCUGCUAAUGUGAUAGUUAGCAAAAACUCUGCUGGUUUUUAUUCAGUCCAUAGUUGGGUUCUGGUCUCCAGUCCUUCUGAGGUCUCCUGCUCUGUUGGGCUCUUCAAUGAAGAACCAAAGGAGACCAGAAUGCAUCUGAAAAAUCCUCCACCAUUACAAGAAGAGACAAAAAUGCCCUGCGAUGGAUGGGUGAGCUUUGGGAUGCUUCAGGUUUUAUUAGUUGCUUUCGGAGCCUUGUACUUCCUGUACUUCAGAAAGAAAGCUAACAAGCCCAAAUCUGGAAAUAACAGAACUGGUGAUAAAUAAAACACAACAGACCCAAAAUGUAAUUGUUUUUCUAUUAAAGGGGUUAUCAGGGGCUGAAAUAGUGAGCAGUCCUGAAGCAACACGGCAGCCAACGGCUCUAUCAGAAGCAUCCAAGCGUUAUGAGAACAUUCAACUGGUGGACACAAGGAAUUGGCUAAUAAUAAUCAGGGAUUCUAAACUGAGCGAAAAUAUUCAUGCAAAGUUUCCAGAUGGAGACAGAGUCACCUGUCUCACUGCAGUCAGAGGAUCACCUGGUUUCUCUUCUGGACGACACUACUGGGAGGUUUGCAAUACAAAUAUAGACCCCAAGAAGUCCUGGUGGAUCAGAGUUACAGAUAAACAUGAAAUCCCUCAUUGUGAUAGAAAAUUUUGUUUUUAGUCCUAUUUCAUUUUUGAUGGAACUGAUGAUACUUUUUAUCAUUUAUUUACUGAUUAUAUC